AUGGCAUCUGAAAAGACUGCUAGAGCUAGAGAUGGCAUCCACUUUGUUAACGCCCGACCUGCUUCUGAGACUGAGCGACUCAAGGCCAAGCGAUUAGUUCGUGCUCACGUUGGAAGAUGGAUCUCCAAUCAUACCAAAGACCGCGCCGAGUCCGCAAUUUCGACUACAAAUACUGAUUCUAUCCCUUCUAUAUCCUCAUUAAGUGAGGCUACUUCUGAUUUUUCUGCUAUUCCUUCCACUUCGACUUCUCCUCAUGGUACUGAUGUUAGGAGAGGACGAGCAAAAGAAAACGGUCGAGGUAGAGAGAGGGGAAGGGGGAGAGAAUUGCCCAUCUUUGGUACUAGGAGAGGUGAAUGGCCUCGCUCGAGCUUCCCUCCUUCCAAGAUCAACGAUAGCGAGUGUAGCAGUGAUGCCGCGAGCGAGGGUUCCCCGAACUUGACAGCCUUGGUCGCAUGGCAGCAUGAAGAUCCUAAAAUCGAAAUGCAGAUCUUCGGCAAAUUGGAUCCAUUUAACACGGCUCCAACCGACUUUCCAUCUGAUAUUGUCGAUACCUGUCAGAGUUACUGUUCGUUUCCCUGCUUUCCCCCUUUUAAUCCAAAGCUAAUACCGAUGCAAGGCUUAAACGUUCUCUGGCCCGGUCUUCUCCCGAGCCGCGUGAAAGAAGCUGGAAAGACCUUUUUCCCAAUGGCCAUGUCAGAUCCUGCUUUGUACAUGGCGUUUAUGUUUGGCUCGCUAUGUCAUCAGCGAGUCCAAUGGCUCAAUGGCUGGAGUACACAUACCAGUUUCACCCAAAGACAGGAACGUAUGUUGGAACUAUGCGAGAUGGAGGCAAUCCAGCGGAUAAGCGACGCACUUCAUGACCCUAAUCGAGCUCUCUCUGACGCUGUACUGCUGAGUGUUAUCUGCAUGGCACAUCAUCAAGCACCGGAGAGAAUCCAGUCACAGCUGAAGAAGACACCCUUCAAUCCACCCCUUCAACGCCUACAGUGGCUCGAUGUUUAUGGAUGUCUACCACCGAACAUGAUCCAUAUCCAAGGCCUGGUACAGCUGGUGAGAAUGCGAGGCGGCUUAGAUGCAGUCAAGGCGAGAGGUCUGCCUGCGACCAUCAGCUUCUCGGAUAUUAUGACAACAAGCUGCUACUGCGUGAGCCCUGUCUUUGACUUCCGACCCAUUGACGAGCUGCGAAUCGGCAUAUCACUUCACGAAAUGCUUGGCUUCAGCCUAUCCGACUUCAAACAAGGGUUCGGUCGUCUAGUCGAUAUCGAUGUCGGAAUCACUUCCCAGAUGGCAAGGGCCUUACAGGGUGCCCAAGCAUAUAUCGAAAUCGCCAAACGUACAUUCACCGAUUCAUACGAUGCCACCCUACUAGCUGAUCAAAGAAACUUCACUCAAUACCACAUUCUCCGCUUACCACCCGCAAAGGACAUCUAUUUCCAACUCUUAUCCCAGAGAACCACAUACGAAGCCUGCCGUCUUGCAAUGCUUAUAUUCGGCGUCAGCGUGGUCUUUCCCAUCCCCGCACAAAACAAUCCUCUCCACAUCCUAGCCCAACAACUUUACAAAGUCCUUUGCCAGCCAGAUUCCUCCGACCUAUGGUCUUCCUCCACAACCCUCACCCCUCUGAUCUGGAUCCUGUGUCUAGGCGGUAUCGCCUCAUCCGAUGCAAAACAACGUGCCUUCUUCGCCUCUGCGCUUUUCAACACCGCUCAAAGGAGUGGUCUCUCCUCGUGGCUACAGGUCAAGAGAACUGUAGAGAUGAUGCUUUGGUGGGAUAUUGCCUGUGAUGAGCCUGCCGAAGUACUUUGGCUUGAAGCCAUUUCUAUUGAAUGA